UAGGGAGGAAUUGCGAGGUCUUCAGGAGGUAAUUGUUCAACAAGCAAGGCAGAACUUAAUGCCACCUAGCAACCAGGUGCCACAUCUUCAGGCCAUCCAGCAGCAGUUAGCCCAACUCGCCGUUGAACCACGUUCCAGAACUGUGACCAACAAGGAGAAGCAGAACCUUUUAGAUCGAGUCAGCAAAUGGGGCCUCCGUUUCGAUGGCUCCCCAGCCAAGGCAAUCGCAUUUGUCGAGAGGCUGGCUGAACUAAAAGAAGAAUACGAAUUGCCUGACGAGACUCUAUUCAGGGCAAUCCCCGAAGUUCUUACCGGUGAUGCCCUAUUAUGGUAUCGAAUGCCUCGCGAACCAUGGUGUUCAUGGGAAGAUUUCCUUCAAGAAUUUAGAGCAAUGUACUUUCCUCCAAAUUAUGAGGAGAGGCUUGAAGAAGAAGCCAGAAACAGAACCCAAGGCCCGAACGAGCGAGUACAAGACUACGUUAUAGCGAUUUCGACAAUCUUGAGAAGUCUCGGAACCUACUCCGAAGAGAAUAAACUAAAGCUUAUCUACAGGAAUCUCCGUCCGGACUAUCGGUUGUAUGUAAAGCCACAUGAGGUUACGUCUAUCACUGCCCUAAUCGCGCAGGCUACAAGCUACGAGUUGGUCCUGAGACAGAUGAUUGGAUACAAACCAACCCCCAAUCCUGCUCAAGCCAGUUUUCCAGACACGGCAUAUGACUCCCGCAAGCCAAGCAUAGAGAAGGUUUUAAUACCGCAGACGCUAGCCCUCACGGCCCAACCUAAACCAGCUACCACUACACAGCGUCAACCCAUAGUCCAAUUAGCAGGGAUCAGUCAGGAAGACCAGCCUAAAAGCAACCACCAAGAAAAUCCAAACUUUUCGCGCCCAACCACCACAUCAACUCGAAACUCAAGUUGCUGGAACUGUAAUGGUGCUGAUCAUCGUUUCAGCGAGUGUCCACAGCCAAGAAGCCAUUUCUGUUACAGAUGUGGAGAAAAAGGAGUGACCGUAAAAUCCUGUCCCCGUUGCCGCAACAAGGGAAGCCAUCCCACGCCAACCGCUUCCAUCAUUUCAGAAAUCCCGCCCGACGAUCAAACGCAGGACCAGGAUACAUCAUGCCACUCGGGAACGGCUGUUGGAUCUAUCUUCAAUAGAGACGCAAGAUGGUACCUCCCUAUUAAAGUACAGGACACUGAAGUGAUGGGCCUGAUUGACACCGGAGCCUCGCGCUCAUAUAUAAGCUCACAGACUUGGAGAAGGCUCAGAAAAUUAGGAUGUACCCUCCAAGCUCCAAGACGGACUCACGUCACUCUCGCUAACGGAUAUCAGGUUGAGCUUCAAGGCGAAACUGAGAUAACUACUCGUGUCGGUUCAGUAGAUAUAAAGCUGGAAUUCUCUAUCCUUCCGGAGUUACACGUGCCAAUGAUUCUCGGUAAAGACUCCUUAACAGCACUUCGGAUGCAAAUUGAUGCAGCGAAUGAAACAUACCACAUAGGAUCAGAAGAUAGUAACAUCUGGAGGAAACUCGUCACUUUCAAACCGACAGCAGGACUGGAUGUUCCAUCCCUAGCAUUCCUUAGCGACGUCCAAAGAACGACAGCCCACGACUUUAUUGAAGAAGAAAUGAAGAAAUUUCACUCCGUAAAAGGUCGAACGGACUUGGCUGAGCACAAGAUCGAAGUUACAACCCAGGAACGUAUCCAUCAAUGGAAUUACCGAAUGUCACCUGUAUUACAGGAAGCGACCAUCACAGAGACCAAGGAAAUGCUGCAAAAAGAUGUAAUCGAAAAAUCCAAUAGCCCAUGGAAUCACCCAAUCGCUAUGGUGAAAAAGGAUGACGGUACUUGGCGAUUCUGCUUGGACUUUCGUAAAUUGAAUUCGGUGACACGCAAAAAUGCAUACCCCUUACCUCGCAUGGAAGACAUCUUAGAUAGACUAUCUCAUGCAAAAUACUUCUCAAAGAUCGACCUCAACCACGCUUACUGGCAAAUACCAUUAGCACCUGACAGCAAGCAAUACACUGCCUACUCAAUUCCCGGUUUUGGACAUUUCCAGUUCAAAGUCAUGCCAUAUGGAUUAUGCAAUUCAGGAGCAACAUUUCAACGAUUAGGAGACUUCCUCAUUGGACCCGAGCUAGCACCAUACGCAUAUAUCUAUCUUGAUGAUAUAAUUAUAAUAAGUGAGGAGUUUGAAACACAUAUACGAGUUCUGAGGCAAAUUUUGCAGAUUCUACGUAACGCGAACCUGAUGGUGAACUUCGAAAAAUGUCGAUUUUUCUGCCCAGAGAUUAAAUACUUGGGAUUUCUUGUUACAGCCGAAGGUUUGUCCCCAGACCCAGAAAAGAUUGCACCAAUCUUGGAGUUACUCCCUCCGAAUAACAUUAAAAAACUAAGAAGUUUUAUUGGUAUGUGCUCGUGGUACCGUCGUUUCAUCCCACAGUUCUCUUCAAUUUGCGCACCGCUAACACGCCUACUUCGAAAGAACGAGAAAUGGAACUGGUCUUUUGAACCACAAGACAGUUUCGACAAGCUUAAGGGACUCCUUACCUCUCUGGACAUUACCGAAGGCAAUUAUACGGUCGCAUGGGAGCUUUUAAAGAAGAGAUACGACUCCGAAAGGCGACACGUAUUUUACCAUUAUAACGGCGUGUUGGAUCUUCCCGAGAUCAAGCAAGCCGACCAUAUUCUUGCAUUCAUCAUUAAGAUCCGAGAGCACUCGCAAGCGCUCACUGCUCUCGGUCAUGCUCCUGAAUCCUAUGGCGGCCUGCUGACAGCUUUGGUCAUCAGCAGGCUCUCUCCUCGCGUCAAGCAGAGGUUGGAGGAUUACCGUGGAGCAUAUGAAUCCUACCCCAAAUUACGAGUUCUUGUGGAAUUCCUGGACAAAGAGUGUCGUAGCGCCGAGGAUGGCGCCGCAAUGCGAAAGGAAACAAAGACGCUGGUUUCACGCCGCGCGCCGUGA